ACACGGACCUCCAGCUCCGCUCGUCUCGAAGCUCGCCAGCGAUCGUGCUUCCGGAGCCUCGUCCCUCCGCGCCGCCCCAAUGAGUCAUCGUCGCGUCUCCUAUUUUGGCCUCCCCUCCAGCAUCCCCACCCUUUGGCAGUCUGCGCGGGCUCCCACUUUCUCCUACCGUGUUAAGGAGAACAGUGCACCGCUAUUGAGCGAGGAGAAGUGGGACGCGUGGUGGGAGGACUAUAUCGAGCUUGCUUUCUGCCUAUUGGAGAUAGAGUUCCGCUGGUCAGAAGCGGCCCCGUUCGGGCAAGGACCAGAGCACCCAGAGGACAGCGUGGAGCUGCUGAUCAUCCAAGCCAAGAGAACGGCGGAGCAGGGCGAUCUGUUGGGAUUCGUAUUCGGGAAGGUGGAGGAGGGCAAUCUCACCUUGAUCACGGACGAGUUGCUGGUGUUUCUGACUCAGCUGGUGGACGAUCUGCCCCUGAACAUCUUGUCACGCAGUGACAACCAGCCUGACACCCACGCGCUUUACUUGGAGAUCGACGUUACCGAUCUCACAUUUUGGGAAUUGAUCGCAAGGAGAAAUGCGGCGCAGGACGAGGAGAUAGGGGAAGCAGAGGAAGAGGAGGAAGGAGAGGAGCCAUCAAGUGAAGAGCGGGACCAUCCAGACUACGUACCGGUAAAAGAAGCGGGGAUAGCCGACGGAUCGAGCCAGCCGCGGGAAAAGAACGAAGAGGAGGAAGAGGUAGAACCAGACGAAGAAGAAGAAGAAGAAAACGAGCAAGCGGAGUCGGAGUACGAAGGAUUCGAGGCCGAGGUUUGCGACGCGGCUCGAGAACGAGCACAAGAGCAGAGGAAACGGAAGCGCCGGGAGACCGCGGAGGGAAAGCGACCCACGACAAACGUUUCUCCUGUCGAUCCGUCGAUCGGGGACCCGUGGCGUGAUCCGGAGCCGCGAGAAGAAGAAAACGAUGGAACCGCAGGAGAGGGAUCGCGGAGCAGAAGAAGAAGAAGUGAAUCGCCAGCUCCCUCCGGCUCCCCAUCCAGCUGUUUUGUGAUCAUUGCGUCUUGCAUAACUCAGAACAUCACGGAGUGAUUAGGCGGUCGGAUGCCGGGCUCGGUGAAACGCCGCGCGAGGACACGUGUAAAACGUGAUCGGAGUUGCGCACUUACACGUAUCCCCGGGCGUCGACUCAUCGGGGCCAUCAAUCUGUCCGAUUGGAAGUGGUCAUCUCGGAAUCCGCAACGGCCCAAUCGUCCCGCACGAGCACGCGUAAGUCCGACGCCAUUCGUGCGGCCUGCACACGCUCGCACGCGACGACCGCGAUCGCCGCGGACCCGUCCUUAGGCAACUCAUAAUACCGCAAUGACAUGAUGACGCGAUCCUGGAAUUCCGACUCAUCCUACGACCCGGAUUAUUUCACCCCUUGGAUAAAAGAAAUCCUAAAGC